UCCCCGAAGUGAAAAGUUAGCGUUUAGCCGUUUUUAAGUCGGUACUUCGGGGGAAGGAGAAAUACUCCCGUGGGGCAGAGGAGAUUCCAGAGAGAGAACCAUAAUGAACGUACAGGCCCUCACCCCAAGGAGCGCCUCUUUCCUCUAGGCCCCUGGCUUGGACAGGCCCCGGACCCCUGGGUUUAUUUAUCCCUACCGGAGUUCUGGAUGCCCGCCCGGGAGCAGCUUCGGGGCCAUGCCAAUUUCACCCACUUUAAACGCUUUGCAUCCUGAUUUUUUCUGUCUCCUAUCUAGAUCGAUUCAGUGACGCAGAGCCUUUCAGGGUUGGCUGGAAGCCAAAGCCCAGCCUCCCGAUGGAGUCUGAAUCCAGCCGAUCUGAAGAGGAGACCCCUUCCCUCUUGUGGGGUUUGGAUCCUGUGUUUCUAGCCUUUGCAAAACUCUACAUCAGGGAUAUCCUGGACUUGAAGGAGUCCUGCCAGGUACCAGGAGUAUUUUUUUACAAUGGGCAUCCAAUAAAACAGGUGGAGAUCUUGGGAACUGUAAUUGGAAAAAGAGAAAAGGAUACUUUCUACAGCUAUGGAGUGGAUGACAGCACUGGAGUUAUAAACUGCAUCUGCUGGAAAAAGUCGAACAAUACCGAGUCUUCCUCAGCCCUAUUAACGACAGGUGGUCCAACUAUAGGGGAGCUGAACUUAACCUCACAGCUUAAGAAGCUGCAAGAGACCAUUGAGCAGAGAACAAAGAUAGAAAUUGGGGACAUUAUCCAAAUCAGAGGUUAUAUCCACACAUACAGAGAAGAACGAGAAAUUCGUGUCACUACUUAUUAUAAAGUGGAUGAUCCAGUGUGCAACAUACAAAUUGCAAGGAUGCUUGAGCUGCCCAGUAUCUACAGGAAAGUUUAUGACCAGCCUUUCCAGAGCCCAGCCCUAGAGCAAGAAAGCAAUCCAGGUGCCCUGGACCUUGCCAAUCUCACAUGUUUGCUGAGUGAAAAAGCCAAAGAAUUCCUCGUGGAGAACAAAGUACAAACCUUUUACCAGCAGGAAUUGGAAACUGUGGAAUCUCUGCUGUCCCUGGCCAGGCAGCCUGUGACUCACAGCUCCUGCUCUGAGCAGGUGGAUGUUAAGAAUGAAACCACUUCCAAGGCAAUUCAUAGUAUAUUUAAGAAUGCUAUACAGCUGCUGCAGGAAAAAGGAUUUGUUUUCCAGAAAGAUGAUGGUUUUGAUAACCUAUACUAUGUAACCAGAGAGGACAAAGAACUGCACAGAAAAAUACACCAUAUCAUUCAAGAAGACUGUCAGAAACCAAAUCACAUAGAGAAGGGCUGCCACUUCCAGCACAUCUUGGCCUGUGCUCGCCUGAGCGUCAGCCCGCGCCUGAGCGAAGCUGUGCUGCAGCAAGUGCUGGAGCUCCUGGAGGACCAGAGUGACAUCAUCAGCACCAUGGAGCACUACUACACAGCGUUCUGAGGAGCCGCCGGCAGAUGGCGUGGGCGGAGCCGGGCCGAGGAAGAGGAAGACCGGGCGGCAAUCACUCCCAGGCUCUGAUUUUAAACAUCACGCAGAGGCUGAUAGGUCUGGUGGCAGUUACCUCCUAAGAAACUAUGAAAUAUAGUCAUUUAAGGAACGCAAUUGGGCAUAAAUUCUGUAGGCUGCCCUCUCGCUGCUGUAUCCUUGGGAUAAAGUCACUUCUGUCUCCGCCGUGACAUAGACGGAAACCUGUCCUGUCGACCUCCUGACUGGACCGGGCGUUGCUCUUGGAGCAGAAGGGGAGGAAACGGUGUUGGCGGCUGAAUCGGGGUACAUGUGGCUUGAGGCCCUAUCAGGGUAAAGGAAUGUCACGUGGUAAAGUGAAAUGAAGAGCAUAUAGCCAGAGCACACAGAUCUAAAACCUUUUCGAACUUCAGACCAUCAGCUACAUUCUCGUAGGCCUCUCCCAGUGGUUAAGAACCUAAUGUAGGGGACUUAUUCUUGGAUGAGUAUCACUCACCUAUGAUUGCCAAGGGUCAAGUACCAGUGGUGGGUCCUGAGCCCUCGGAUGAUUGGUGUUUACAGACCCACCCAGAGACGGGAAUAAAUGGAUCUAAGGCAUGGCUCUGUGUUGGUCAUUUUCCUUACUUUCCUUCUGAAUCAAAAGAUGUCUCAGUACAUUUCCUUAACACUUUGAGGACAUACGUGACUAAAUACAUUGUCCUUUAACACCCUGAAGUCCUUAGAGGCUCUCAGCCAAAUGCCUGGCUGGUAGAUGUUACUCUCAAGGUUACUGUUGAACGCACAGGGCGUCCCGACACCAUCCAGACGAACACUCUGUUUGUGCCCAGACAGGUGGUGGAAUCUGAGGUAUGUAGCAGGCUUGUUCUAACAGCUAAAUGACAAAUCGACAAACGCAGCC